UCACUUCCUCACAGUCGCAUUCCAUAUUGGAAUUAUUUGCUAUGUAAGUGACUGAAAUAUUGAAAAUACUCUGUGCUUGAAACAUUUCACAUGUAUUUGUACAAUGAAUAUGUCAUUUUGAGAAAUUAAAAGUUGAGUAAUGAAAUGUAAGUCAAAAAAUUAAUGUUUAUCACUACCUUACAGCAGAAUUUUGUAUCAAUACAGACGGCGCCACUUUCAGACUUAGUGGUAAUAAUUGUUUCACAUUUUCGUCUUUAAACUGUAUACACAAUGCUUUCACGUCAAUUUUUUCGUUCAAUACAUACAAAUCAUAUACUUUGUUAUACAUCAAAGAAAACACUGUUAAGCAAAUUACGUAAGAAAACUGGAUAUACAUUUAUAAAUUGUAAAAAAGCCUUAGAGCUAAAUGAGAAUGACGUGGAAAAAGCUGAACAAUGGCUAAAGGAGCAAGCCCAGGCUCAAGGAUGGUCUCAGGCAAUGAAAUUAAAAUCCAGAGAAACUUCUCAAGGAUUAAUAGCAAUGAUAACUAAUAGCAAUCAUGGAGCACUUGUAGAAAUUAAUUGCGAGACAGAUUUCGUUGCAAGAAAUAAGAAAUUCCAUGAUCUGGCACAGAUCAUACUUGAUACUGUGUUAAAACACAGUAUGACAAUUCAACAGGAUUCAUUGGUCAAAAAAACUGUAUUAUCUACAGAAUUAAUAAAUAACUUACAUGCUAAUGAUGGAAAAAAUUUGAGCGAUCAUUCUGCUUUAACUAUUGGACUUAUAGGAGAAAACAUUAGUAUAAGGCGUGCAUUGUGCAUGAGUGUGCAACCAGGUGCAUAUCUAUAUGGUUGUACACAUCCUACACCUGUAAACCCAGUACCUUCGUCAUUUGGGCGGUAUGGAGCAUUGAUAGCCUUAAAGUCUGACGAAGACAAGAAAGUUUUGGGAAUGCAACUUUGUCAACACAUUAUUGGUAUGAACCCAAUCAAAGUUGGUGAUCCAAAAGUCGAUUUACCCAAUGAUAAUAUAGAAGAGGAACCUAUUAUGCUGUAUCAAGAGUUUUUGUUUAAUCCUGCUUCGUCUAUACAGGAAUUAUUGCAAAGCGAGCAAGCUGAAGUCUUAGAUUUCAUACGUUUUGAAAUGGGCGAAACGCUUGAAAACAGACAAGAAUUGAAUUCUGUAGAAACUUGCGGUUAAAGCAAUUGGUAUUCAUUUAAUAAAUUUAUGUAUUUAUCAUAUAUUUUGUACAUACUUUAAAAAAUAUGGUAGUACUGUAAACAUUUUGCUAAUCCAUUAUUAUUAUAUAGGUAAAAUACGUACAAUUAUUGCAUUUCUUUAUUACGCACGAAUUGCUACAACGGAGUUAUGACGGAUAAAAAUUAUAUUGUAGAAGAACUAAAAUAUUUUAUUAAUAAAAUUAUUCUUCAGUGAUACAUAAACUUGUCGAAAAGUAUACUCGAUUUAAGGUAAUACUAUGAACGGUAAAAUAGUUUAAAUCAAAAAACUUUACGUCUGAAAUUGUACAUAAUAUUCAAAUUAUGUUUCUUCAUCAGUUUCUUUAUUUGUUGAACAUAUGUUAAAUGAUUUUAAUUUAUUCCUUUUUCGCAUGAGUUUCACAGAUUUCCAAAGCCACAUUCGUGAAUCUUUUUUCCAAUAACGAGCGAUAUCUUCUGGUGAAUGCAUAACACCCUAAAUAAAGUGUAGAACCUUAUAAAUAAUACACUAUUAUAUAUCAAACUUUACAAAUCAUACUUGAAAAUUCAAGAUAUCUAAAUGUUGAACAGAUUUUCUAUAGGGUAAAAUAUCUCUGGCGUUUAAGCCAAAUAGCUCUUGGUUAAUAUCAUCGGAAGGAUCAGUUUGCGCAUCGCUUGUUCGUCGAAGCGGUAUCGUAUCAUUUCCAGAUUCAAUUUCCGCUUCCAGUUCCAAACGUUCAAGAGCCGAUGUAAAGCUCCUUGACUCUUUACAAUUCGCCUAUUUCGAAACUUUGAACUUUCAUAAAAAGGUAAUAAUUUAUACUGUAUCGUAAAUAAAUAAAUUCUUCGACGUUGAAUAAA